GAAAUUCCAAUUUCAUAAGCUUUUUGGGUUCCUCGUGUGUAGGUAACAAACUGCAAACAAUAUUGACAUAAAAACCCAUCUAUCCUCGCUCUCUUCUAUGGAGGAGACACUGAAAGUGCUCGAAUCCUCUCUUUCUCAAACUAAAUGGCGACUUAAAUCUGCUUCAAAGCGUCGGCUUGAAACAGAUGUUCUAGCUUUGUGCAUGGGGAUGAGGGCAGUUAUAAUGGUGGACUAUGGUGGGAAGAUGCCUGAACUGCAAGAGCGACUAUGUGCAUUUCUCAAGCUUAGUCAAAAGGAGUCUUCCAUUUUUGAGCAUCUGCGAGUCAUGGUUAUAGAAGAUAUGAUAUAUUUGAUACAUGUUACAGGGCUUGCAGAAUUUGUUAAGAUCAGUUUAGAUUCAGAAACAGAAAUGCAAUUUGUGGACCUCGAACAGGAUCCUCCAAAGAUGAUAUCACAAGCUGAAAAAAGCUCAUUAAUAAUGCAACUUGUAUCAAUUCAGAAGUUGUUCUCUUUGGUCUUUCCUGCUGAUGGAAAGAACAACGAUCUCGUGCCAUGUCACAGGACAGAUUCAAAGACCAAUGCUGAAUCCUCUAUUGUUGAACAGAGUACUUCUCAGUCUUCUGAGUUUAUUGAUCUCAGUAGCUGCAUGCAAGACACUCAGGUCACGGUACCAACUCUAAAUGGAUGGCUUCUUGGUUAUCCAGUGGUGUACUUGUUUGGCAAGGAGCAUAUUGCGGAUGCUAUAUAUAAUCUUUCCACCAAGUCUCUCCAUCUUUUCAAAAUUUUAGUUUGCAGGAAUGGUACCUCCAGUAAGGGAUUUUGUGAAGAACUAACGAGUUUCUCAGUGCCUUUUGACCUGAGCUUGGAAGGGAGCAAUGAACCAUGGGCAGAGGCAUUUCUGGCUAGCAUGCAGGCAAAAUGGGAAAGAUGUAAGCAAGUUUGGACGUCUUUGCAGAUGGAGGUUAGCGGUUGUUAUCCACAAGCAAUCGUAUUGUAGUAAACAGUAGCUAGUCCAUCCCUCUAGCCAUCUUGAUUGAUGAGGACCAACACCAGGUAAUGGUCGUUAAGAUUUUAUUGUAUUGAGAAUAAAAGUUCAAAAUUGUCAAUCAAAAGACCACAGUUGUGGUUAUCGAAAAGACGUUUGAGGUGGAAUGUAAUCAUUCACAUUAAAGUAUAAUAACAUCAAUCAUAAAUGAUUCUUUCUAUUA